AAGCUUGAACGCAAGUAUCAAUCAAACAAAGCUCAAGAUGACGUUGUUCGAGACUCGCUAAAUGUCAUGAUUUUUUCCUCUCUUCUGGUUGAGCUCCAGCUUCUGCUCUUUUGAGGGGGAGGUUAGCACCCAAUCUGGUUCCAAUGGAGGCUCUACCAGAUCAAUUAGUCUGGGAGAUCUUGGCUAGGGUCAAUAAAAUUAUAGACCGGAAUUCUGUGUCUUUAGCAUGUAAACGCCUUCAUGCAUUGGAGAAGGAACAAAGGGAAUUUCUCCGUGUUGGUUGUGGAUUAGACCCUGCAAAUGAAGCUUUAACUUCCCUUUGCAACAGAUUCCCCAACUUGAGAAAGGUGGAGAUAAUUUACUCUGGUUGGAUGUCCAAGUUAGGAAAACAAUUAGAUGACCAAGGUCUUCUCAUUCUCUCGAGUUACUGCCCUUCCCUUGUUGACCUGACUCUAAGCUACUGUACAUUCAUCACAGAUGUUGGACUCGGCCACUUGGCUUCUUGCUCAAGGCUUAUGGCCUUGAAGUUGAAUUUCACCCCUGGGAUUAGUGGAUUUGGUAUAUUAUCUAUUGUUGUGGGCUGCAAGAACCUCACCACCCUCCAUCUUAUCCGAUGCUUAAAUGUGAGCAGUGUUGAAUGGCUAGAAUACCUUGGCAAACUUGAGACUCUAGAGAAUCUAUCAAUCAAGAACUGUAGGGCAAUUGGAGAGGGUGACCUUGUUAAGCUCGGACCUGGUUGGCGGAAACUGAAACGGUUGCAAUUUGAGGUUGAUGCUAAUUACAGAUACAUGAAGGUUCACGAUCGCUUAGCUGUGGGCCGAUGGCAAAAACAAUGGGUCCCCUGUGAUAAUAUGGAGGAGCUUAGCUUGGUGAAUUGCCUCAUCAAUCCUGGAAGGGGACUUUCUUGUGUUUUGGACAAAUGCAAUGCCUUGCAGAAGCUCCACUUAGACAUGUGUGUUGGGGUUAGGGACAGUGACAUUGUGAGCUUGGCCCAGAAAUCUAACAACCUCCGGUCCAUCUCGCUCCGUGUCCCAUCGGAUUUCUCACUCCCCCUGUUAAUGAACAACCCAUUAAGAUUGACAGAUGAGAGUCUGGAGGCUGUUGCACACAACUGUUCUAUGCUGGAAUCAGUGAAGAUAUCUUUCUCUGAUGGGGAGUUCCCUUCCUUCUCUUCAUUUAGCUUAAGCGGAAUCCUUACUUUGAUCCAGUUUUGUCCAGUUCGUGUUCUAGCCCUUGAUCAUGUGUACUCCUUCAAUGACAAUGGGAUGGGGGCACUUUGUUCUGCUAACUUUCUCGAGAUCCUGGAACUAGUUAAAUGCCAAGAGGUCAGUGAUGAAGGAUUGCAGCUCGUGGGACAAUUUCCACGUUUGAAUGUUCUAACACUCUCCAAGUGCUUGGGUGUGUCUGACGAUGGACUAAAGCCACUUGUGGGGUCAGAUAAAUUGGAGGUUUUGACCGUGGAAGAUUGCCCUCAGAUUUCUGAGAGGGGUAUUCAGGGGGCUGCAAGGUCUGUGUCCUACAAGCAAGACUUGUCAUGGAUGUACUAAAGCUGCUUGGUUCCUAAGGUUGGUUAAGAAAUAAGGCCUACUGCUUCGUAUGGUCUCAUUUGCUUUCAAAACAAAAUACAGUAACUGGGUUCCUCAGCUUCUCUGUUACUUUGUUGUAUAUGUUUUUCAGUUCAACAGUUAGAAUAUGUGGCAGUGUAUUAUAUGUCUUCUUGUACCAAAUUUGGUUUUCUUAUUUGUUUGAAGUCUGUCUGUACGUGAACUACUUUUCCAGUUGUCUCAUUUAUCUUGAAGCAAUUUUAAGGUUAUAGACACUGUAUGCUUCAGCUUCCAGUAUAGC